CGAUGAUCGCUGCGCGUUGACUGCAUGCGUUGUCUCUUUUUUUUUUUUGUUUUGUUUACGAGCGCUGGGACUAACUCAUCGCGCUGUGCGGCGAGCGAAACAUGCGGUGCGCCGAACGAGAGGCCCUUCCAGCCCACCAGCCAAUCAAACUGAACGGGCAGCGGUGCACGUGCGUUUUACCGCCUUUAUAUUUUCGUGUUCCUGUAUCGCCAUCCUGUAUGAGCUACGUCAGAAGUCAGAACGCCAACGAUACUCUUGAGGGGUAAGUACAUUUACAAAUUUCUUUUUUUAAGAGUUUAGUUUUAACGAGUGGCUAAACUUUGACUAGGCCACUAGACUCACUGCCGUGGCGAUGUUAGCUUGAUUUGAACAACGCUCAUGGGCACGGCAGACGCCAGCCAGUGUGUUUGACACGCAUGCCGUGUUUAUAGGUUCCUACAAAGUGGCAACCGUUGGAUUUUAACACCAAACUAUUCUUGUAAUUAUUGAUUUUCUUCGGAUUCACCUUGACCUAAAAGUAAAAUAGGCCAUGGUGUCAAUAGAUUUAUUUAUAAUUUAUCGGAACACUUGAGCACAUUUGGGUAGGAAAAAAAAAAGGGGGGGGGGGGCGGCGCACUUCCAGUAAUAAAAAGCUUAAAACGUCGACCAAGGUCCCCCCCCCCUUUUAAAAACCGAAAAAAACCCCCCGGCCCCCAACAGUAAGGAUUAUACACUACGGGUUGGGGAGGGGGGGGGCAAAUUAUUCCAACAUGUGAAUUUAAGAAAUGUGUCGAUGUGAUUAACUAAUAAUUUGAACUGUAAAUGUAUGUGGGUGGGGGUGUUGAGGUGCAGUGGUCUUAGUACAUGCCAUAGUGUUUCCUGGUCGAAAAUUAAAAAGAAAGGAGGGGGGUGGGGAAGAGAUGUCUCUAUAUCUGCUAUAUAAAAACGGGCCAUAUUUGUUAGAUUGGUUUAUCCAUUGUGAAGACGAAAAGGGCCAUAAUUGAUAGAUUGGUUUAUCCAUUGUGAAGUCGCAAAGGGCCAUAUUUGUUAGAUUGGUUUAUCCAUUGUGAAGACGCAAAGGGUCAUAUUUGUUAGAUUGGUUUAUCCAUUGUGAAGACGCAAAGGGCCAUAUUUGUUAGAUUGGUUUAUCCAUUGUGAAGACGAAAAGGGCCAUAUCUGUUAGAUUGGUUUAUCCAUUGUGAAGACGCCAUCUUGGUUUGUUUGCCGUUUCUAUACAAUAUUUCCAGUCUCGCGACUUUCCAAAACAUCCUUAUCUCGCUUCCUAGAAUACACUCUUUAACAUCCUCCCACUCCUCCCUCCAAACCCCCCUCCAACUUAACCCUCCCAAUCCGCCUCCUACUACCCACUCUGCCCCCCCCCCCGGAAAAAAGCCCCUAAGUCUUUCAUCAUUCAAAGGGUUUAUGGUUAGAUUGGUUUAUCCAUUGUGAAGACGCCAUCUUGGUUUGUUUUCCGUUUCUAUACCAUAUUUCCAGUCUCGCGACUUUCCAAAACAUCCUUAUCUCGCUUCCUAGAAUACCCUCUUUAACAUCCUCCCACUCCUCCCUCCAAACCCCCCUCCAACUUAACCCUCCCAAUCCGCCUCCUACUACCCACUCUGCCCCCCCCCCCGGAAAAAAGGCCCUAAGUCUUUCAUCAUUCAAAGGGUUUAUGGCACCAAUAUUUAUUUCCUCUAAGUUAUAAAGUCUAAUGUUAGACGUCUCGGUCUCCUGAAAGUCUUAUGUUAGAAUUCUCGAUCUCCUCUAAAAAAUUAUGUUAGACGUCUCGGUCUCCUGAAAGUCUUAUGUUAGACUCUCGAUCUCCUGAAAGUCUUAUGUUGGACGUCUCGAUCUCCUUUAAAAUAUUAUGUUAAACGUCUCGAUCCCCUUAACCCCUUUUAGGCGUCACGGUUUCCUUAAAGUCUCAUGUUAGACGUCUGCGUCUCCUUAAAGUCUCAUGUUAGACGUCUCAAUCUCCUUAAAGUCUCAUGUUAGACGUCUGGGUCUCCUUAAAUUCUCAUGUUAGACUCUCGAGCUGUUUAAAGUCUCAUUUUAGACGUCUGGGUCUCCUUAAAGUCUCAUGUUAGACGUCUCAGUCUCCUUAAAGUCUCAUGUUACACGUAUGGGUCUCCUUAAAGUCUCAUGUUAGACGUCUUGGUCUCCUUAAAGUCUCAUGUUACACGUCUGGGUCUCCUUAAAGUCUCAUGUUAGACGUCUUGGUCUCCUUAAAGUCUCAUGUUAGACGUCUGCGUCUCCUUAAAGUCUCAUGUUAGCGUCUCGGUCUCCUUAAACUCUCAUGUUAGAGUCUGGGUCUACUUAAAGUCUCAUGUUAGACGUCUCGAUCUCCUUAAAGUCUUAUGUUAGAGUCUGGGUCUCCUUAAAGUCUCAUGUUAGACGUCUCGGUCUCCUUAAAGUCUUAUGUUAGACGUCUCGAUCUCCUUAAAGUCUUAUGUUAGAGUCUGGGUCUCCUUAAAGUCUCAUGUUAGACGUCUCGGUCUCCUUAAAGUCUCAUGUUAGACGUCUCGAUCUCCUUAACCCCUUUUAUGCGUCACGGUCUCCUUAAAGUCUCAUGUUACACGUCUGGGUCUCCUUAAAGUCUCAUGUUAUACGUCUCAAUCUCCUUAAAGUCUCAUGUUAGACGUCUCAAUCUCCUUAAAGUCUCAUGUUAGACGUCUCAAUCCCCUUAAAGUCUCAGGUUAGACUCUCAAUCUCCUUAAAGUCUCAUGUUAAACGUCUCGGUCUCCUUAAACUCUCAUGCUAGACGCCUCGAUCUCCUUUAAAAUAUUAUGUAAGACGUCUCAAUCUCCUUAAAUUCUCUCCCACUUAAGCUCUGGGGUCGGCGGACGGCCUUCAGUCGCCUAAAUGCCCCUGGUACCUAGGCACUAGGAUGGCCCAAAUGCCUAGAAUGAAUGUAACAAAAGACAAGUGUACUGGGAGGGUGUGCUAUCUGUCGUCUAGUAGGGCGACAGUUGCACUAGUGCAGUGCUAUUAUGAACACAGGGCUGGACCCACCUGUCGUUCAUUGGUAAUCUAUCAAGUUCAAACACACGCUGGUGUCACAACACGUGGGUGACACACGUGUCUGUCAGUCACAGCCCUUGUCUGUCACAACCAUUGUCUGUCACAACCCUUGUCUGACACAUUAUUGGGCUGACACAGUACUGGUCUGACACAACCCUGAUCUGACACUUUACAUGGUCUGACACAAACCUUGUCUGUAACAACCCUUGUCUGUCACAACCCAUGUCUGACACAUUACUGGUCUGACACAAUCCUGAUCUGACACUACACAGGUGUGACACAAUCCUUGUCUGUCACAACCCAUGUCUGUCACAACAAUUGUCUGACACAUUACUGGUCUGCUACAGUAUUGGUCUGACACAGUACUGGUCUGACACAACCGUGAUCUGAUACUACACUGGUGUGACACAACCCUCUCUCUGUCACAACCCUUGUCUGUCACAACCCUUUUCUGUCACAACCAUUGUCUGUCACAACCCUCUCUCUGUCACAACCCUUGUCCGUCACAACCAUUGUCUGUCACAACCCUCUCUCUGUCACAACCCUUGGCUGUCACAACCGUUGUCUUCAUCACAUCUUUCAUCACUCUAAUUUGCCACAACCGUUGGUGUCACAACCUUUGGUGUCAAUAUCACAAUCAUUGAUGUCACAUCCCUUGUGUCACAACCCUUCCAGGUGUCACAGUCGUUUUCCGUUUCGACUCCCAUUAAACUGUGUGAAUCCCUGUUACCAUAAGGACACAACCAUUAUCAUUGUGAGAACCACUGGUAAUGCCACAGCCCUAGUUGUUGUGUCAGGCGUGUCUCUGCUUGCUCAAACGAACAAGUGAAGGAACCACAUUUCUUUAAAUUUUUAUGGUUCUGUAGAUAUUCAAGAUAAGUGAUUUGAUACGUUACUCGCCGUCUAUUUCUUUUUACCAAAUGGUCAUAAAACCAAAUCUUCGUAAAACCGAAUAGUCAUAAACCAAAUAGUCAUAAAAACGAAUGCUCAUAAAACCAAAGGGUCAUAAAACCGAAUGCUCAUAUAACCAUAUUACGAAUUCAAACCUUUUAAAAUACGGCUUAUGUAAAAGAGUAAUUCAAAUUAACUAAAUUUUAAGUAUAAAGUGCAAUUUUAACAAUAUGUUUUUAAACUUUGACGUUACCCCUCCAAGGUAACGUAGCUGGAAAAUUAUAUUCUUUAUUAAGAACUUAAACAAUGUAGGCACAGUUCUACGCGGGACAUUUACUUUACGCAGACCGUGAUAAAUCAGCACGCUAAUUGCGUGCAAGUCAGUGCCUUUCAGAAGAGGUAAAUUUACAUGAAAAGACUCACACAUGUUAGAGAGUGGCAGUUCUAUAUGUUACAGGUAAGGACUCACAAAUGCUAGAGAGUGACAAUUCUAUAUUUUACAGGUAAGGACUCAAACAUGUUAGAGAAUGGCAAUUCUAUAUUUUACAGGUAAGGACUCAAACAUGUUAGAGAAUGGCAGUUCAAUCUGUUACAUGUAAGGACUCAAACAUGUUAGAGAAUGGCAGUUCUAUCUGUUACAUGUAAGGACUCAAACAUGUUAGAGAAUGGCAGUUCUAUCUUUUACAUGUAAGGACUCAAACAUGUUAGAGAAUGGACUUUCUAUCUGUUACAUGUAAGGACUCAAACAUGUUAGAGAAUGGCAGUUCUAUCUGUUACAUGUAAGGACUCAAACAUGUUAGAGAAUGGCAGUUCUAUAUGUUACAUGUAAGGACUCAAACAUGUUAGAGAAUGGCAGUUCUAUCUGUUACAUGUAAGGACUCAAACAUGUUAGAGAAUGGCAGUUCUAUCUUUUACAUGUAAGGACUCAAACAUGUUAGAGAAUGGCAGUUCUAUCUGUUACACGUAAGGACUCAAACAUGUUAGAGAGUGGCAGGUUCCGUCAGGUCUCACGGAAGUUGUGUUGGAGGCCGCCAUGUAUUCCGCCAGGUCUCAUGGAACGCCAGGUCUCACGGAAGUUGUGUUGGAGGCCGCCAUGUGUUCCGCCAGGUCUCAUGGAACGCCAGGUCUCACGGAAGUUGUGUUGGAGGUCGCCAUGUGUUCCGCCAGGUCUCAUGGAACGUCAGGACUCACGGAAGUUGUGUUGGAGGCCGUAAUGUGUUCCGCCAGGUCUCAUGGAACGCCAGGUCUCACGGAAGUUGUGUUGGAGGCCGCCAUGUGUAACGCCAGGUCUCACGGAAGUUGUGUUGGAGGCCGCCAUGUGUUCCGCCAGGUCUCAUGGAACGCCAGGUCUCACGGAAGUUGUGUUGGAGGUCGCCAUGUGUUCCGCCAGGUCUCAUGGAACGUCAGGACUCACGGAAGUUGUGUUGGAGGCCGUAAUGUGUUCCGCCAGGUCUCAUGGAACGCCAGGUCUCACGGAAGUUGUGUUGGAGGCCGCCAUGUGUAACGCCAGGUCUCACGGAAGUUGUGUUGGAGGCCGCCAUGUGUUCCGCCAGGUCUCAUGGAACGCCAGGUCUCACGGAAGUUGUGUUGGAGGUCGCCAUGUGUUCCGCCAGGUCUCAUGGAACGUCAGGACUCACGGAAGUUGUGUUGGAGGCCGUAAUGUGUUCCGCCAGGUCUCAUGGAACGCCAGGUCUCACGGAAGUUGUGUUGGAGGCCGCCAUGUGUUCCGCCAGGUCUCACGGAAGUUGUGUUGGAGGCCGCCAUGUGUUCCGCCAGGUCUCACGGAAGUUGUGUUGGAGGCCGCUAUGUGUUCCGCCAGGUCUCACGGAAGUUGUGUUGGACACCUAGAAAUGCGUCUCUCUCCUGAGAAUUUUUGUUGUUGCCUCAAUAGUUUAGCAUUAUUUUCGCUCCAACGGAUCUGGUCGUGAAAGAAAAAUUUGGGUGGGAGGGGGGGGGGGUAGGGGGUGUUCUGUUCCGAGUUUGAAAAUAAAGUGUCGAAAAUAGGCCGAGAGAUAUUUAAUAAGUGGGCACCAAGUAAUGCGGUUAUGCUAUUGUUGAGAAAUGUCGCGCCAUUCUGGAAGUGCACUGUCUCAACAAAAGAGUGAGACCGGUUGGUCAGUAAAUGUCUCAAGAGAACGGUAAGAGGGUAAGAGGGUCAGACUGGUCGGUCAGUAGCUGUCUCAACAGAAGGGUAGGAGGGUCACACUGGUCGGUCAGUAGCUGCCUCAACAGAAGGGUAAGAGGGUCAGACUGUUCGGUCAGUAGCUGUCUCAACAGAAGGGUAGGAGGGUCAGACUUGUCGGUCAGUAACUGUUAAGAAAAAUAAGAAUCACGCACGUAUUCUUCAGCAGAUUUCUACAUUCGCCCCUACGAUGCGAUGAGCAUCUUUGAAACUACCAGCGAUACUUUUGUCUGCCGUUUGUCUAAGGACAUCAGGUGCAUUUACGUACCGAUACGGGUCGGACAACGCAUGACAGAACCAGAUAUGCAAGCCCAAAAUAUGAUGUAAUGUGGAGCUUUUUUUUUUUACUACCACGUCUAACGAAGAAUCCCUAUUCUUGAAAGGACUGUGUGGUUCUUGGACACAAUCCACAUCAUGGAGGGCAACGCCAAUCGCCAGAAAACUCCUUUCUUUGGUUUUGAACGACCGGAUGUUUUGUCCAGAAACCGCUACACAGUUACACGUGAGACGGUAUAGUGUGUCGUUUCAGCACAAAGUAUUGGAGUAGCCCCCCCCCCCCUCCCCCCUGUUUCAUUGAGGAGGAGGAAGGCAGUGCUCUUACCGUUACCCAUGAAUCGGAUGUUUUGGUCAGAAAACGCUACACAGUUACACGUGAGGCGGUAGAGUGUGUCGUUUCAGCACAAAGGAUUGGGGUAGCCCCCCCCCCCCUCCCCCCUGUUUCAUUGAGGAGGAGGAAGGCAGUGCUCUUACCGUUACCCAUGAACGCUACAGGGGCGUGGCCAUCGAGCAAUUUGUUCAGGAUUUCAGAAGGUUCUGUCGUGCAAGGAACCUUCGCGUGAACAGAAAGUGGUAUCAACGGGACCGGGCGACCAGCCAUACCGCUCAGGAAUGUAUUGGAGCGUUGCAGAACAAAAAAACUUUCCUGGACGAAUCAUUUCACGGGGUACUGACUGACUUCCAAUACCCGUCAAAAUCCCCCCCCCCUUUACGCCACCUCGUACCCACAUGUGGGGAAAUAUUAAUAGAGGGUGACUGAGAAGAUCCGCCAAGAACUGUGCCUGCUCCUUUUUCUCGGGAGUCUGCAGAGUUCACUGCUCAGCGAUAUGUUUGAAAAUCUACGUGAACGAUGUGAACCCUGUCCACAACCAGGCGGUGCACGGUAUGGCUAUGAGCAUUGGCGUUACGCGUACCGUGGUGACCCAACACGCUAAUGGUGUGCAUGUUAAUUUCUUUCAGUAGAAAUACAUUUGCAGAUGACAGCGUGGAAAUAGUGUGCGCCUGUUCUGCUCAGUACCUUUACCUUUGGUACGGACUGCACAUGAUCAGGAAAGUCUUUUUAAUUGUUGUUUUUUUUUAAAAAAGGUAUAAUGGAGAGUCAUUUUUUAAAAAAAAUUAUUGGGUGGGUCCAUCAGGUGUAAGAAUAAGGUAGGCUAUUUUAGAUGGGAGCUGUUACUGUUGUUAAUUUUUUUUUUUUUUUUUUUUUUUUUUUUUUUUUUUUUUUUUUUUUUUUUGGUGGGGGUGUGGGAGGGAAUCGGACAUAUCUGUGGAGUGAACUUUCUUUUUAUUUAAAUCAUUGAAUGGAUUAUUUGUCGGGAAACAGAUACCACGUGCGAGAGAGGAAGUGGGUUUAAUCCACUCCAAUCUCUGUUAUAAGUCAAUUGAGUUAGUGGUAAGGUUUUGUUUGGGCCCUUGUUCCGCUGUCNAUGUCCUAUGUGUUGUCGUAUGUCCAAUGUGUGGUCGUAUGUCCAAUGUGUUGUAUGUCCAAUGUAGCUUAGUAUGUCCUAUGUGUGGUGGUAUGGCCAAUGUGUGGUCGUAUGUCCAAUGUGUGGUCGUAUGUCUAAUGUGUGGUCGUAUGUCCAAUGUGGUUUUGUUUGUCCUAUGUGUGGUCGUAUGUCCAAUGUGUGGUCGUCUGUCCAAUAUGUGGUCGUAUUUCAGAUGUGAGGUCGUAUGUCCUAUGUGUGGUCGUAUGUCUUAUGUGUGGUCGUAUGUCUUAUGUGUGGUCGUAUGUCCUAUUUGUAGUCGCAUGUACUAUGUGUCGUCGUAUGUCCUAUGUUUCGUCGUAUGUCCUAUGUGUGGUCGUAUGUCAUAUGUGUAGUCAUAUGUCCUAUGUGUGGUUGCAUGUCAUAAUCAUGAUAAUGUAAACACUCUGGUCAAUAUCCAAUGAACCUACUGAACACACACCACCCCCCCCCACACACCCCUGAGCCCCCCCACACACCCCUGAAGCGGUCCCUUGGGCUUAGUAGCAGCAUGCAAUCCAACAGAUAAGACAGUGAGAAUGAGAGAAUACGGAAGAGAAGGAGGGAACAGUGGGUGUGUGGGGGGGGGUGGGGGUGGGGUGGGGGGUAGGAGUGGUUCAGUAAACUGAAUUGGAAAUGUUCUUGAAAUGAUGUGGCCGAUAGAGAGGUGCACUGCACACUUGAGACCCAUUGUCUUCGAAGUCUGACUGGUCCAGGGGUCAAGGUCAUCACAUUGAGGAAAGGAAAUAAAAAAAAUAAAAAAAUAAAAAAAGAGAAGCCCACUUUUUUUUGGUAAUGCCAGUUUGUCUGACGCCCCACACGGCAGUUAGAAAUGAUUGUGUUUUCAACGAGUGGAAGAAGUGUUCAGAUAAUGAAAAGCUGUCAAUAAAAAGAGUGUUUUUUGUGUGCUUCGAUUAGAUAUGCGUGUAAUCAACACUUGGGUUUAACCCUUUGAUUAGACAUGCGUGUAAUCAACACUUGGGUUUAACCCUUUGAUUAGAUAUGCGUGUAAUCAACACUUGGGUUUAUCCCUUUGAAAUCUUAGAACUGUUUGUAUCUUAUCUAAGCUUCAGAGUUUUAAUAGCAAUCGCUUUCUUAUUUGGAGUGUUUUAUAUAAGUUGUCCAGUUAUUUGAGCCCGUAUCACAGGUAGGGCUGUUACAGGUAGGGAUGUCACAGGCAGGGAUGUCACAGGCAGGGAUGUCACAGGCAGGCAUGCCACAGGUAGGGAUGUAGGGGUUAGGGCUGUCAUAGGUAGAGAUGUCACGGGUAGGGAUGUCACGGGUAGGGAUGUCACGGGUAGGGAUGUCACGGGUAGGGAUGUCACAGGUAGGAAUGUCACGGGUAGGGAUGUCACAGGUAGGGAUGUCACGGGUAGGGAUGUCGCAGGUAGGGAUGUCAGAGAUAUGGCUAUCAAGUGUUGGGCUUUCACAGGUUGGGAUGUCACAGGUAGGGCUGUCACAGGUAGGGCUGUCACUGGUAGGGAUGUCACAGGUAGGGAUGUCACAGUUAGGGAUGUCACACGUAGGGCUGCCACAGUUAGGGCUUUCACGAGUAAACCUGUCGCAGGUAGGGCUGUUACAGGUGGUACUUUUAUAGGUAGGGCUGUCACGGGUAGGGCUGUCACAAGUUGGACUGUCACAUGAGGGCUGUCACAGAUAGGGCUGUAAAAAGGUGGGGUAAAACAUCUUCCCGGGUACCCGUCGACUCAUGCGACCGGGUAUCACCUUGUACCCGAAAAACAAGACAAGUUUGUAGGGAGUCACUUUUAUUCUUCUGAUAUAUCUUCUACUAAAAGAUCAUCCCUAUAACUGUCUACAUUAAUUUCAAUAAAGUCUUCAUCGAUCUGUUCGACUGUCCCAUCGUCUAAACUUUCUAGUCCAUGUAAAAUUAGUUGAUGGUUGUCUCGCAUUCGAUCAACUUAGAAAGACAUGUUGACCUUUGAACUCUCGUAACUUUUGAACGAAAGAAGAUAGAUCCAUACGAAUUUCCUUUUACAAACGGUAAUAAAUGUUAGCAGACGAAUUUAUUAUAGAUAAGUUGCUAGCCCCCCGCCCUUCCCAAAUGCAUAUCAUGCAUCUGACAUGCCACCGUCUGGCAUAGUCGGCAGGCGUUAGUGGGAAUUUGAGAGAUUCGGAGCUGAUCACAGGCACUGAUGGCAGUGGAUGGUCAAGCCGACGAAAUUCUUAAUAGAAAUGUUAUAUAUAUAUUUUUUUUUAAAAAAGUAUUUAGAACUUUUUUUUUUUAAAUCAGAUACCGAAGUUAGCUCAUUUUGAGACCAGGAAGUGGAUCAAAAUUAAGUUGCAAGAUUUGACCCGCAGAAUUCACUCAAGGGUCAGUGGCGGCCACUGGUGACCUCCUGAUCACGAAGGGUUGUAUUGUCAUCGGCGAUGGGGAACGUGUACACCAGUGGUUCUCAACCUGUGGGUCGCGAUCCCUUGAGGGGGGGUGGGGGGUGUCGAACGAACCUUACAAAGGGGUCGCUGAAGACCAUCGGAAAACACAUUUAUGAAGUAGCAAUGAAAAUAUUUUAUUGUUGGGGGUCACUGUAUUAGAGGUUCGCGGCAUUAGGAUGGCUGAGAACCACUGGUGUACACAGUAUGAGCUCAAUCGGAGAUCAGGAAGUGGGUCAAAAUGGAGAUGCGCGAUUUGACCACGCACAAACUAACAAACGGAUAGAGCAACCCUUAAACAAAAAUCGUCUUAAUCCUACAAUGUAUUAUAAAGGACACGUGGAUUUAGCUAUGGACGGUAGCGGAUUUUCCCCAGCAGACAUAAAAAUGCCCCCCCCCCCUGUUAUUUUAAUCUCAACAUCUCUGCAGUAACGUGAUCGAUACAAACAGAGAAAUGUGAAACUACCGUGGAUCAUCAGCUCUUAACAGCUGGGCCAUAAACCAAAUUUUCACGUUUAAGGUUACUGUUGUUGAAAGAUUAAGAAUUUUCGUUGGCAAGAGCUGAAGGGAAGCACUCGCCUCCCCCACUCGCCCCUCCCUCCCCAUACCCCGCCCUUCCCUCCCCAUACCCCUAAACCAGCCUCUAAGUUUUCUUCCACCAGUUAUAUUUGAACUGGUUAUAAUGUUUGAGUAAUGCUGUAAUGCAGGCCCGCACAACUCAAAAUGUAAGGCGGGCCGUAAUACUUUAUGAAAAACAUUGCGCGGGCCGAAAGAAAAUAGGACAAUAAUGUUUGAGUAAUGCUGUAAUGCAGGCCCGCACAACUCAAAAUGUAAGGCGGGCCGUAAUACUUUAUGAAAAACAUUGCGCGGGCCGAAAGAAAAUAGGACAAGGGGGGGGGGUGGGAGGAGGGGGGUAAAGCUAUUAAGAAAUUAAUAGUGAUAAAGAACGUGUCGCUACGUCGCGGGCCGCCAAGUGGGUGCUGGCGGGCCGCAUGCGACCCGCGGGCCGUAUGUUGUGCAGGCCUGCUGUUAUGUUGUACCAACGAGUUUAAUGCAAAGGUUUCCUUUCUCCAGAAUCAUUGUCUACUCCAUUCCUUACGUCCUACUAUAGCAAAUGCGUGGCGUGGGGGGGGGGGUGUUCAGGACAGGCUUCAUUGUUGUUCAGGUAAUUUAUUGGAAGGGGCGGAAUUUGCUGUUAUUUUGGAAAGGGGGGGGGGGAUCGUUAAGGGGAUGAGGUUAAGCUUAAUAGAGUCUCGCAUCUUUGAGAUAGAGGGGAAUGUUUCUUUCCAUAAUAUUAAGUUUCGGGGCUUCCAGGACUUCGUGUGACAAUUUGGGGGGAUAACGGCGGGAAAUCCUAAUUGACCGGAAAUUAAACGAUCAGGGGUCCGUUAAUAGAUAGCUUUCCUGUGCCACCUAUGGAGGUAGAAAAACGUAUAUAAGAGAGGAAAGAGCUGAGAGGGAAGAGUUGAGAGGGAAGAGUUGAAAGAGACCAGGAGACGACAGACAACCAUUUGAACAUAGGAAUAGACGAGGCAAGAUACGGAAUAGAAACAGUCAUAGCUAUAGAGAUACAUAUAGAUCUAUAGAUGACAGUUAGUGGUCCCAACAGAAGAGCGUGACACUUGCUAUUUCUAUCACCUGGACACCUCGAGUCUCAGUUGUUUAGAUUUCAUCUCAAGUUUAUGUUGUGCUUUUGUCUUUUCAACGCCUAGAUGCUCAGAGUAUAACUCACAGAACGGAGCGGCCCUGUACUAACCACUACUAAGUCAAUACAGUUUGUGAUUAGGUCGGGACCGGAGCCCUCCUCCGUAACAAUCCAAUCGUUCCGUGACACCUACGUCAUACCUUCCGUCCUACGUCAUACCUUCCGUCCUACGUCAUACCGUCCUACGUCAUACCGUCCUACGUCAUACCGUCCUACGUCAUACCGUCCUACGUCAUACCGUCCUACGUCAUACCGUCCUACGUCAUACCAUCCUACGUCAUACCGUCCUUUCGAGGCAGUUACUACAAAUAAUUAAAUAAUCCUUUAAGUAAAAUACCGGUAUAUUCCCUGAACAAAAUAUUCCCCAUGUGCCUAAUUUCUAUCUGUGCCCUAUUUUCUAUACGUGCCCUAUUUUCCAUAUGUGCCUAUUUUCCAUAUGUGCCCUAUUUUCUGUAUGUGCCCAUUUUCCAUAUGUGCCCUAUUUUCUAUAUGUGCCUAUUUUCUAUAUGUUUCUAUUUUCGAUAUAUGUUCUUUAUGUUCCAUAAAGUCAGUGUAUCUCAUCUCCCCCAUUAAUUCCGCAAAGACCUUUUCUCGUAUAUAUUCUUGGCGUCUGGGGUUUCCUGCUUCCUUUUCCGGACACCCCCCCCCUCCCCAACUCCAUGGGUUUUAAAGUACUGGGUGAAAAAAUGGCUGUCAUGCGUGACGCAGACCUGUUUACUCUUACGAUUUUGGCGUACAAUGUACGAUUUUGAGGUGUAUAGAUUGUAUACAUUGUAUGUUUUUUUUACUAUGAAUAUACGGUAACGGUUUAAAUGACAUUGUGAUGAUAUUGUACGAUUUUAAGAGUUUGAAGGUAAACAGGUCUGGCGACGUGUGAACAUGGGUAUAUUUAGGGGGAGGCGACUAUUAUAUUAAUCAAUAAAUAGCCACGGGUACGAUAUAGGACUCUCUGUGGGACGAUUGUUUAAAGGCCGGCAGGUAGGGUCUAGGAUAGGGGGGACAAAAUGUCCCGUAACAACGGGAUCGUCCCGUUUUUUCACGAUCGUAACCGGUGUCCCGAAAAAGUCUCUCGGGACGCCUAAAUGUCCCGUUUCUAAAACAAACCACACACAUUUUCAAAUCACGAAAACUUCCUAACUUAUAAAUAACUUCGAGUAAUAUUAAGCUGUGUAGCCAGAACAGCUCUCUGAUGUUUUCAAGAUACGCCAAUAUGUGUUUGGCGAUCCCUGACCAUAAUGGGAAUACUGAAAGAAUAUUUUGGCUCAUGAACAUUCAAUGGACAGACGAAAGAAACAAGAUGAGAGUCUUUCAGGGUCUCUACAGUUUCGAAAUGGACUGUGCUAUUUUUGACAACUUUAUAUUAGAUAAGGAGGGGGUUUUAACAAUGGCUGGGACAACAGCCAAAUAUGCUCCAUUUAAAUCCUAGACUAGAGAAAUUAAAUUUGUUGUGUUGUAUUAUGUUGCAAAAUAUGUAUAAAUAAAUAAGUAUUCACCGCGAAAUUCUUGUUUUCGUUGAUGACCUGCCUCAGAGUUUAAAUUAGAUUAAAAACGUGAAGGUAAAUUUAAAAAGAUUUCUAGGGCGCAAAAUAGUUCAAAUGAGCAGAUUUCAAUAAACAGUUUCCGGCGGAGGCCCCCGACCCCUCUUUAUUUGGAGGGUAACCCCCCCCCCCCCACCAAACCCUCAUUGGGUGUGUCCCGUUUUUUCCAGUUCAUGAUUUGGUCACCCUGGUCUAGGAUUGUCUGUAGGCCUAUUUAAAAAGAUUUUUAGGGCGCAAAAUAGUUCAAAUGAGCAAAUUUCAAUAAACAGGUUCCCGCGGGGCCCCCCCCCCCCUUUUUUUUUGGAGGGUAACCCCCCCCCCCCCACCAAACCCUCAUUGGGUGUGUCCCGUUUUUUCCAGUUCAUGAUUUGGUCACCCUGGUCUAGGAUUGUCUGUAGGCCUAUAGUUUAAAGACCGACAGUUAGCUCCUAGGACUAUUUGUAGGCCCCAUUGUUAAAGGCCGACAGAAAUGAUAGAAAAUGAGAAGUUAAUUCUUCUCUCUUCUUUUUUUUGUGUGUUAAGGCCGGGGAUUUUUUCAAAAUACCCGGACCCGGUGUAAAAAAAACAAACAACUGCACCCGGGUAAGCUCCAGUAAUCCUUUAGCUAGUACACAUUCCAUGUGCAAUCAACACCAGCGUGCCUUAUGUUCCAUAAUUUAAUUAUCCCAUAAUAUUUCCUCAUGCAUUCCGUUUACAAUGCAACGCAAACAUAACAUUCAGUGUCUGGUUCGAUUGUGGUUUACGUGUGCCAUUGUUUUCAUAGGUCAAGGACGUCUCAAAUCAACCACGUGAUAGUCACGUGAGGUCAGGUCUGAAUAGGUGACAGCUAGUAGAAGUAACCAAUAAUUUAAUGCCACAAACAUUGCUUUAGACCUAAACAGGUUCGUGAUUAAACGGCAAUGUUUGCGAGGUAAUCUUUCGGUAAUGUUUGUGGGGUAAUCUUUCGGUAAUGUAUGUGAGGUAAUCUUUCGGUAAUGUAUGUGAGGUAAUCUUUUGUUAAUAUUUGUGGGGUAAUCUUUUGGUAAUGUUUGUGGGGUAAUCUUUUAUCUAACAAUAUUUGGAGCUAUUGAUAAUUUGAAUCUCGCGCAAGGCAAUGUUAUCUCCCAAGACCCGGCGAGCUGUUGCGUGACAGUGAAACGAGCACAAAAAAAUUAAGGGGUGGGGGGGGUGGGGGUGGUGGGAUACUUAUACCCCUGGUUCCCAUCCCGUUUGUUAAAAAAAAUUCGCGUCUGUUUACAGAUGGAGACCAUGAACCUUUGAACCUGCUUAUAACAUCACCUGUUUCUUUACUUAGCUCAUACCUGUGUAUGACAUCACCUGUUCCUUUGUUGGCCCCUAACCUAUUAUGACAUCAACUGUUUUCUGUAAUGGUCCUAUACGUGUUUGUGACCCAGUCCUAUACCUGUUUGUGACACAGCCCUAUACCUGUUUGUGACCCAGUCCUAUACCUGUUUGUGACACAGCCCUAUACCUGUUUGUGACACAUCCCUAUACCUGUUUGUUACACAGCCCUAUAUCUUUUUGUGACACAGCCCUAUAUCUGUUUGUGACACAGCCCUAUACCUGUUUGUGACACAGCCCUAUACCUAUUUGUGACACAGCCCUAUAUUUGUUUGUGACACAGCUCUAUACCUGUUUGUGACACAGCCCUAUACCUGUUUGUGGCACAGCCCUAUACCUGUUUGUGACACAGUCCCAUACCUGUUUGUGACCCAGUCCCAUACUGUUUGUGACACAGCCCUAUACCUGUUUGUGUCACAGCCCUAUACCUGGUUUCGGCACAGCCCCAUACCUGUUUGUGACACUGUCCAAUACCUGUUUUUGACAGUCCUAUAUCUGAAUACAAAAAAAAUCAAGUUUUGAAAUAUCUAAUAAGAACGUAGGACUAUUUUAACUGAGAAUUGAAACACGUCAGAUUGGGGUUCUCUCUUCAUACACCAUCCCCAACCCCACGCCCCCUCACUCAAUAAAAUACCAACUUUUCCCAAAGACAAAAUAAUUUAAAAUGCAAAUAGAUUGUGGCGACCGAAAGUAUUGGAAAAAACAAAAGUGUAUUUCAAAAAGUUUUUUUUUUUUUUUUUGAAUGCUAUUGUGAGUGACCAGCAAACAUCAUGUGGUGUACAGUCAAGCCCUCGUCAACACCUCUUGUAAACAGCACCAUUAUUUAAAGGAAGGGCCCCUUACGUAUAAAAUACCAACUUUUCCCAAAGACAAAAUAAUUUAAAAUGCAAAUAGAUUGUGGCGACCGAAAGUAUUGGAAAAAACAAAAGUGUAUUUCAAAAAGUUUUUUUUUUUUUUUUUUUGAAUGCUAUUGUGAGUGACCAGCAAACAUCAUGUGGUGUACAGUCAAGCCCUCGUCAACACCUCUUGUAAACAGCACCAUUAUUUAAAGGAAGGGCCCCUUAAGUAGGUCACCCUUAAGUAGGUCACUGGCGGGAGUUUCCUUAGGGUAUUUCAAAGUGAAAAUAGCCAGUGGGAAAUUCACUUAGUCUACCUGUGUGUGUGUUUGUGUGUGUGUAAUUUUAUUGUCGCUUAAAGUAAUGAGUGGUGAUUGUCGUAAAAUGGUGGGUGCGAUCUCGCGAAAGGCCGAUCCUUUACAGGAUGUAGAUAAGAGAAUGACCAUGCGUGAUAACACGAGGAUACUGUCGAGGUCUCUUUUAAGAUUAUCUUUAGGAAGUUGAUUGUUGUUUUUUUUUUUCACGGGUUUCGCUGGCUACGUCUGCACUAUCGUUGAUGUCUGGAGGAAUAUUCAUUUGUCAUUGCUAAUCGCGAUGAUUUAGGAAUGUUAAAAAUUGCAUCGCUAAACAUGUUUUAAAAAAAAAAUACGUAUUAAAAUAAGGGUAUAAAAAUAUAUUAAUUAAUAAGUAAUUAUCAUUAGAAGGUGAAUCAUCUUUUGUUUAACACAUGUCGCAAUAGGCAUAGACGAAUCAACGUUUAAAAAAACAAAACAAAAAAAACAAAAAAAAACAAGUUAGGUCAAUUCUUGUAUGAUUCGAUCAGUUCCAGCAUGUGAGAGAUGGAGUCCGGCAAACCAGCUCUCGUGUCACGGCUCCCCGGUCAGCCUGUGGUCAUCUACGAGGCGAAGGGCGCCAAGAGGGCGCCGCCCACGGAGGCUGAGCUGCGGAGGCUGCUGCGCUACGGGGGCUACCUGCCGGUCCAGCACGACUGCGCCUGCUGCGGCAAGAGCUGGUUCAGCAUGAGGUCGUGCACCCGCUGCUGGCGGGCCAAGUACUGCAACAGCUCCUGCCAGCAGUCGGACUGGGAGGUGCAUCGGCGGAUGUGCCGCGAGGACGCCACACGCAGCCAGUGUUUUAAAGGUGAGUCGUGGGAGUGGGUGACGCACGUUUGAAGAGCUGCACUCGAAAUCAUUCUUAUAAUUUUUUUAGAAGGAUCUUUUUCACUUUAUAUAAUAAUAAUUGUCAUAAUAAUAAUGACAAAUAAAUCAUUUAAAAAUUCACUAAGUAAUUUUUAUUUUUUUAAAUUAAGUGUUGUUGUAAGAUUUAUAUCAGGGGUCUCAAACUCGCGGCCCGUGGGCCGAUUGAGGCCCACAAGAUGAUAUUUUGCGGCCCGAUACCUGACAGCAAAGUUUAGUGUUAAUGCGGCCCACACGUUUUCCCCAUUCUUAAAUCUAUAAUGAGACACUCCGCGACGGUUUCAGUCGAAUGUUACCGACUAGUCUAAUUCUGAUUUUUAUUAUUAUGUUUGUAUAGAUUUUGACGUUGAUUAUAAUGGUUAAUAACCGUUUAAAAAUCGGACUAAAAGUUUUUAUAUUAUAUCACUUUAUGAGACAAACAUGGCCCAAGUGUGGUUUUGAGAAAACACGCUUCGAAUAUUGUAUAUGCAUACAUCAAAAAAUUUUAAAAGACAGUUAGUGGGUAAUGCGCAAUCACAAUUGUGUAAAUCGUAGCAAUCUGACGCAAUAUCAAAGCAUACCUAUUGAAAUUCCCGCUAGUGUUUACGAAUGGCGUAUGAGGGAAAUUCCGAGCCUGUCAGCUUGGUCACUUUCAAAAUAAGGUUAGUCAAAAAGGCCUUUUCUACGAUUAAACAAAAAUCAAAAUUAAUUCUCCUUACAAUAACGCCUUCCUUCGCAUCAAUAAUUCAUAAAUAUUGCCUUUCCUGCCUUCUGUUAUGAACACGUUUUAGUUUUAAAAUCGCUUGUGGUAAUCACCAUAUUUUUAUUUUAUGGUUUUUCGUCUUUGAUUACCAGAAGCUCAUUAUUUUCCUAGCAUAUAUUAGCUGAAUACUUUUACUUUAGAUUACCGGGAAAUGUAUUUUCUUGCUAAGGAUAUUAUAAUACCUUUCACAGUGAUACGGCCUGGUCUACUUGUGGAGUUUAGGGAUGACGCGAUGCUCAAUAUGCAUUUUUUAAAUGUUUUGUGGGCCUAAUUUUGUAAUCACUUGUGUAUGUGUGUAUGUGUGUGUGUGUUUCUGUGUGUGUGUGUGGAAUACUUGAUGCGGCCCAGUCUCACUCAGACUUUACCUCCUGCGGCCCCCGGAUAAUUUGAGUUUGGGAACCUCUGGUUUAUAUCAUACCUUUUAAGAAGAAGAAGAAAAAAAAUAAUACAAAAGCCAAAGGAGAUUGGGAGAAAAUAUACGAUGCGGAUGGUUGCAAAGGGAAACCACAAGUAAAUCCAGAAUAAUGUCCCCUAGCGCAGCGGUUUCCCAAACUUGUAAGUUUGGUGGACCGCUCGAAAAGUUUCAAAAACGCACCAGGGACCUGUGGCAUAUUUAUUAAUUCUAUUUUCUUUUUUUUAUUUGAGCAUAAAUAUUCAUACUGAUGCGGUCCGGCAACGUAAGGCUCGCUGACAAGGGCCGGUCCACCGACCACCAUUUGGGGAACGUUGUCCUAGUGGACACCGACCACUUGUUCACUAUCAGAUCACCUGAUAAUUUUUUGAUCAGUUGGAGAAAAUUCUUUGACCGCUGGCAUUAUUUCUCUAUAAAAAUCGCUUUGUCUUUUAAUCUAUCUGAUCAUGCUUAACUAUCAAUUAAUUGUUGAGUUUUUUUUUUUGUCCAAUGCUUUUAUGAAAAAAGUAGCUACGUAAUCGGUUUCAUUUAAUAAUAAUUAACUAGACAAUCUAUUAAUAUGUAUCUGCACAAUCCGUUAUUUAUAAUGCGUAUGUACAUAAUCCCGUUUCUAUUUUGUAAUAUGUCAAUAAAUAAUCCGAUUGGCAUAAUGAUGAUAUAACUGCGUAAUUCAUUGUAUAUCAUAAUUUUGUAUGUUAUUUUUCUACAAGUAUCAGUUUCAAAAUACACAAUUGAAACAUGAAUAAAUUCUUUUAAACGUCUUUUAACAUAUUCCGGCUAACUUAAUCAAAUAUUUAACCACAUAAUCGGUGAUAAAAAUAUGUUAGUAUUAAUAAAAAAAGAAUUUUCCUUCUUAAAUAUUUUCGACCCCAUUACAAACCCAUCUAUACAGGAGGCCGAAUAUUAGAACUUGAGAUUCUACCAACCAUAGAGACAUUGAACCAGACACAGAUCAACGAGGACGCCUUGUUUCUCGACCUGGACAAGUGCCCCAAACACGGGCACAACAACCAUUCAGCCUUUCUAGGAGUUAGCCAGUUCAAGAGUGGCCAUCUGCCGGCCACAAUCAGAUACGACGAGGUCCUAAACUACAUCCUGGCGCAGUCGAAAACCACGGUGUGAUACUCGUACUCAUUGCUAUUUAAUUAAUGUAUUGGCUUAUUUGUAGGAUCCUAAGGGGACUGGGGACAGAGUAAAUUAAUUUAUGGCAAUGAAUAUUUUAACACAAAAUAAUGUAAUUAUGUAACUGCUUAGGCAGAAAUAACUCACAUCGUUUUCAGUCAAAUAAAGCUGUUUUGUGAUGGAAUCCCUAGAUUCAGUCCAGGGUAAUUUUUGAAUUAGAAUAGAAUUAAUUGUGAUAGAAAUGUAUAUAGCUGGCAGAGGACAGUGUAUUCAAGUAUAUGACUAGGUCUAACGUUAUAUAUGUUAUAUCUGAUUUUAUACAUUAUUUCAGGUCCGAGUCUUGGUAAAAUGGACCAGUACCAACAGGCCGGAAGGCGACGCGUGUGCCAGAUUUCGCGGUACCCGACAGGCCAGAACAGCUUCCGGAACGUACGUCCUUGACAAUUACAACGACUUCCGCCAGAGAAAAUGCCCCGUUGAAAACUGCCACCGGUCGCGAGAUCUCGGUGCCUCCCACGACAUCUUCGAAGGGGAUCUCAAAAUAUUCACCAACAAACACGUCAUUUAUGACGACGACGAGCUGCGUCAAACGGUUGUGGAUUUCUUCUACGAUUCCGGUGACAGGUUCGGUGUAUUCCGUGAGUACGGCAUCAAGUUGUUUUACACCAAGCCCUCGUCCGACGAGACGUUUCUCAGAGUGACGGUGCACGACGCGCACCUCCUGCUCCAGCUAAAACAGCUCGAUUUGGACAGGGCCGUUGCGUUUAAGAAGCUGACGCAGCCCAUGCUCAGGGCCAUGUCGGCGUUCGCCAUCGUCAUCUCACACCCUCACGGCUUGCCCAAACGGAUCAGCGUCGGGCGAGUUGUGAGAGUCACCGAAGAGAAUCUGUCGGGCGAGACGCGGGCCAACGCUAAAGUAGCCGGGGAUUUGGAAAAAAAGUGGUUCGAGACUAAGAAUGAAGCGGAUUACGCGGCGUUCAUGGAAGCACUCGGGAGGCUUAAUUUACCGGUUUAUAAAGUCUGGUACGACACCGCCACGUGCCAAGGAAGUUCGGGGGCGCCCGUGCUGUUUGGGGCCAGGCAGACAGCCGGGGUGUGGGGGCCCUACAUCGCGAACCACAUGGCGUACGACAUCGAUGAGAAGUUGAAUUAUUUUAAAGUCGUCAUGCUGGGUAACAAAGCCUUUACUAAUCAGUUGUGAUGGGAAACAACGGGCACGCCGGUUAAUGAAAGUUCACAGGUUCAAAGGUACACGAAUCGGAUUGGACGAGCUCUAGCCUCAGCCGUCAUGCUGGAUACUGGACAGAUGUAUGUCUGACACCUCGUUUAUGAGUAGAGUGGUGGACGUCAUAGAAGCUCAGUCGUAUAGAUAGCCAUACUCACAAAUGGAUCGACAGAAAUGACGGUACGCAUUUUGGCCCACAUGGAUGGUCUGGUAGAAUGCCGUCUGGCCCACAAUGAUGGUCUAGUAGAAUACAGUCUGGCCCACAAGAAUGGUCUGGUAGAAUGCAGUCAGGCCCACAAGGGUGGUCUGAUAGAAUGCAGUUUGGCCCACAUGAAUGGUCUUGUAGAAUGCAGUUUGGCGCACAAGGACAGUCUGGCAGAAUGCAGUCAGAUAGAAAAAAAGCCCUUUAUGGAUCGGUCACGAGGGAAAGAAACGCAACCUUAGAUAGGAUUUUACGUCGAUUUUGGAUUUGACCUUAGAUUCUGUGUAGGUUGCCAACAAGUGUUUUCUCUGCAGUGGCUAUUUAUCCUUUAGGAGCAGCGUUUGAUGGGCUCAGAAAUAUCAAUAGUCAUAAAGUAUCCACUGAGUACGAACGUAUCCACUGAGUAGGAAAGUAUCCACUGAGUAGGAAAGUAUCCACUGAGUAGGAAAGUAUCCACUGAUUAGGGAAGUAUCCACUGAUUAGGGAAGUAUCCACUGAGUAGGGAAGUAUCCACUGAGUAGGAAAGUAUCCACUGAGUAGGGAAGUAUCCACUGAGUAGGAAAGUAUCCACUGAGUAGAAAGUAUCCGCUGAGUAGGAAAAUGUUCACUGAGUAGGAAAAUAUCCACUGAGUAGGAAAGUAUCCACUGAGUAGGAAAGUAUCCACUGAGUAGGAAAGUAUCCACUGAGUAGGAAAGUAUCCACUGAGUAGGAAAGUAUCCACUGAGUAGGAAAGUAUCCACUGAGUAGGAAAGUAUCCACUGAUUAGGGAAGUAUCCACUGAGUAGGAAAGUAUCCACUGAUUAGGGAAGUAUCCACUGAUUAGGAAAGUAUCCACUGAGUAGGGAAGUAUCCACUGAGUAGGAAAGUAUCCACUGAGUAGAAAGUAUCCGCUGAGUAGGAAAGUAUCCACUGAGUAGGAAAAUGUUCACUGAGUAGGAAAGUAUCCACUGAGUAGGGAAGUAUCCACUGAGUAGGAAAGUAUCCACUGAGUAGAAAGUAUCCACUGAGUAGGAAAAUGUUCACUGAGUAGGAAAGUAUCCACUGAGUAGGAAAGUAUCCACUGAGUAGGAAAGUAUCCACUGAGUAGGAAAGUAUCUACUGUUUAAAGAGAUUCAGAAAUGAUAUCCACAGAAUAGUCGAGAUGUCUCCACAGAAUAGUCGAGAUGUCUCCACAGAAUAGUCGAGAUGUCUCCACAGAGUAAGCAAUGCUUACUAUUGUCAAACAAACCAAAUCAAACAAUGAAACAUUCUCAUCUGGCAUCAUUGUACAUUUAC